AAAGUGCUGCACAUAGUUGUGUUAUAUUUGCUAAGUGCAAAAAAGCCAGCACAUGUUGGCUUAUCAGUACUCAUGAUGGAUGGAAUUGUGUAAAAAACACGAUAGUGGGGCGCCUCAGAUCGCAGUGAGCUUUGAGUCAGUGAUUGUUAUUUAAUCGGCUGAACCAAAAUUAGUUCUGACAUUUCCGAGAAAAGCUGAUAAAAAUAUGUGCAAACUCUUGCUGCAUAAUAGUUUGCGAAUUAAACGCCGGCGUGAGACGCUAUUAUUCCAUCUUUAUUUUUUUGUAAAUUGACUAAGAUUAUUUUGCAAAAAAGAUUUAGCUACUAAGGCAUCUUCAAAAUACAAGUACUAACCGCCGUAUAUUUUAUUUAAUAUACAAGGGACAUUAUAUCUCAAGGAAUCGUUACUUUUAAGAUGUCGAUGUUGUUACUGCUAGUUGCUACCGUGUUGAUUGACUGCCGGGCAGAAGGACGCGGAUUUCGAACGCAGACGACUGCAGGUGGAAGUAUUCUCUUUAAGUCACGUGAUUAUCCGGAAAUCAACAUGAACGUGAGUCAGCUUAUCACGAGCAACGGUUAUCCGUGCGAGGAGCACCAUGUGACAACGCGGGACGGCUACAUCCUGGGCGUCCAGAGGAUACCGCACGGAAAACAGGGACGAACGGGUACUCAAACUGCUGGUACCAGGCCGGUGGUGUUACUCCAGCACGGUCUGUUGGGCAGCGCGGCAGACUGGGUAGUCAAUCUGGCUAAUCAAAGCCUCGCUUUCAUUCUCUCCGACACCGGAUGUGACGUUUGGCUGGCCAACAGUCGCGGAAACACGUAUUCUCUGCGACACAAGCGUCUGACACCAGACGACGACAAGUUUUGGGAUUUCAGCUGGGACGAGAUGGCCUCACAAGACCUGCCGGCCACGGUCGACUACGUCCUUUCGGCCAGCGGCGCCAACAGUCUUGUGUACGUGGGGUUCUCACAGGGAACGCAGAUAGCGUUCGCCCAACUCUCGCAAGACCGCGACCUUGCAGCGAAGGUCAAGCUGUUCGUCGCCUUGGCACCGAUUGCGUACCUCCGCCACAUGAUCAGUCCGCUAAGAUUGCUGUCCCCAUUUGCGGCGGAUAUUGCGUUCAUGCUGAAAGUUAUCGGAUACAAGGACUUCUUCCCAAGUGACGGCAUAAUGAAACAGUUCGCCGCUUACUUGGCCAAGAAUGAGGCCGCUGCCUUCGCGAUGCAGAACAUAAUGUUCUUAAUGGGAGGCGUCGAUUAUGAAAACAUGAACACGAGCCGGAUUCCUGUCUACAUUGCACAUACGCCCGCCGGCACCUCUGUGAAGAAUGUGAUGCACUAUGCACAGUCUGUGAUGUCGGGAAAAUUUACGAUGUUUGACUAUGGAAAAAGCAAAAACAAAAGAAAAUACAAUCAGACAACACCUCCAGAGUAUUUUCCCGCCAACAUCGAUGUUCCGGUUGCGCUGUACACGGGGACUAAUGAUUGGCUGUCUGUACCACGUGACGUGAAAAGACUAAAAAAUAAACUGAAGCACGUGAUCAAACACACAGUGGUUCCGGACUGGGAACACCUAGAUUUCACGUGGGCAAUGAACACACCUAAAGGCUGUUAUAACGACGUCGUGAAAUUAAUAAGAAAGUACAAUUUCCCUUGAAUGUUGACAUCAAACAAACCAGCUCUUUUUUGUGUAUAUAUUUCUUUAAGGUACACACUGGUAUAGUUUGCCUUAGGUGUGUCAAUUUAUGUUUCUCUUGAUAUUUAUGCUAAUUGUAUGUUAGCGGCAUUAAUAAAAGCACUUUCUUUAAUUGAAUGCGUAAUAAUAACCUGUAAAUAAUUUACGUCUUUUUACCAUGUACCGGAACAUUAUUAAAACUCUUACGAGUGA